AUGUCUACAAAUAAAUCAAAAGGUGUCAUCCCACCAAUUAACUGCAUUUUUAAUUAUCUACAACAGCAAACAACGGUAACUUUUUGGUUAUAUGAACAAACAGGUAUAAGGAUAAGAGGGAAAAUUAGUGGGUUUGACGAGUUUAUGAAUAUUGUUAUCGAUGAUGCUUUGGAGAUACCAGUCGAUAGUAAAACCAGUGUUGAAAUGUUGGAUAAGAGUAAGAAAUUAGGGAAAAUAAUGCUAAAAGGUGACAACAUAACGCUUAUCACAUCUGUGGAUGAAUGA